GUCUGAGCAAGAUUCUGCAUAGAAACAGUUGCAAUGGGGCGCUUUCCUCUCGGUGUCAUGUCUCCCCAAAUUCGGGAAAGUUUAGGGGGAAACUGCGACGCGCUGAAUUGCUACAGCACCACGUAUAACAACUCUUAUGGUUUAUCAGAUAUACCCCUGGGAGGUUUCUCACAUCGGGGUGCCGGGGUGUCUCACAGAAGAACGGGAUAUCAGUCCAACCUGCGGCCAGCGGUCUAUUACUCACCCAGCUUGGACCGGCUGGAUAAUCCAAACAUGGGGCUGAUGCUGCGAAACAACUACACAUCAGUAACUAACAGAGAUUUUGGGCCUCUGAAAGUCCCCACUGGCACAGAACCACUCCCUUAUACACUCCACCCACCAAACAGCGGCUACCAUAAGAGCAGCGAGGCCACAAAUCCCAAGUUUCGAGCUGUUAAGUCCGUUCACUUUGACACGAGGGAUCAGGGUGCCACUGGAAUGACUGGGGUUCCCCCCGUACAUCGACUGCUGCUAACUGCACACAAAGGAAAAGGGGCCCCAGAGACUGAGAAUUUCUAUCAUGGUCCAUCGUUUAUGUCUACAGAAUACAAAAGUAGAUUUACUCCAGGCAAUGGGCAUCGGCCUGGUUUUCCUCGUUCUGCUAUUAUUGGAGCCACAGAGAAUUCAGGCUUCACUGAAGGUUCAAAUAUGGAAAUAAUAAACUAUGACCCUUAUUCACAGUACAGCGCACCAAGAGGAUACCACCGUAUGAUGGGAUCAAGUAUAACCAAGACAGAUUUCCUGCCACUGACUACACUACAGGGCAGAGAACCAUUGCCAGUUUUGGCCAAGAAAGCAGAGAGGGACAGCGGAUUUACUCGCGAGGCCAACACAGCGCUGAGUGUCAAUACUUCCCAACCUGGUGCCCAGACUGGUGGUGACACUGGAAACAGCAAUAGACAAAACUUGGACAUGUUGGGACAAGUCUCUGUGGGUAUAAAAGAACCUUCAGGAUACAGUCAAAAUAAUUCCCUUUAUCUGCAGCCACAACAGCAGCCACCGCAGCAGUAUCUGACCAACUACAACAUGAGAUUCACUGAUCCAAAACCAGUUGGGAGAGACAGAGAAGGCUGGACACGAGGCGGGAUCCAGAAACAACAUUUCAGUGGAUUUUCUUUAAACAACGAAGAUCACGUUCCUCGUAUCUAAGCCGAGGGAAGAAAAUCAGAAUCAAGUGCAUCUUUCAAGAUGAAGCAUUGAGAAAGGAGUAUCAAGCACCUUGAGACAUUUUGGACGAUACUCUGGAUAAUAAAUACGCCACCCGUUCUUCA